AUGGGCAAGAGUCACAGUCUUCCUACUUCCAAGAAGCUCGGUAGCCUCCAACAAGAUCAGAAGUGGCAUGAUCAGCAAUACAAGAAAGCCCAUUUGGAUACAGCCCUGAAGGCCAACCACUUUGGAGAUUCUCCCCAUGCAGAGGGAAUUGUGCUGGAAAAAGUAGGGGUUGAAACCAAACAGCCACAUUCUGCCAUCAGGAAAUAUGUCAGGGUCCAGCUGAUCAAGAAUGGCAAAAAAAUCACAGCCUUUCUACCUAAUGAUGGUUGUUUGAAUUUUUUUGAGGAAAACAAUGAAGUUGUGGUUGCUGGAUUUGGUCACAAAGGACGUGCUGUCAGUGACAGUUCUGGAGUUUGCUUUAAGGUUGUCAAAGUAGCCAAAGUACCUCUUUUGGCUUAUACAAAGGCAAGAAGGAAAGACUAA